GUAAAUUUUUCAAAAAAAAUAAAAAAUAAAAAAAUAAGGGUAGGAAAUCGAAAAUGCCACAUACAUAAACUAGUAUUGUACCACCGACGGCGUCACGUUUAAUCCAAAACAAAUCAUCAAAUUUCAUCUGCACAUUUUUUCAUCAAAUUUUCAAGCUUCGAUCGACAUUAAUGGCGGAUCAUCAAUGAUUAUCAAUCAUCAAUCAACAGCAGUAGUAGAGAGAAACGAACAGUAAUGGAUGUAGAGAGAUCAUCGUUGUGUAAUUGUGUGGUGAACUUUUUACUAGAAGAAAACUAUUUAUUAACAGCUUUCGAGCUUCUUCAUGAGCUUCUUGAAGAUGGUAGAGAUGCCCUAGCUAUUCGUCUCAAGGAAUUCUUCGCUGAUCCUUCUCAUUUUCCUCCCGAUCAAAUCACUCGCUUGAAUUCACUUCGAGUCGGGGAUCCUCAAACCUUGCUGGAAGAGAAACAAGCACUUCAAGAAAAAUUGGCUCUCUGCGAGUAUGAACUGCGGUUAGCGCAAGAAGAUACUUCGAAACUAAAAGAAGAAUUGCAGAAGAAAACAGAAUUGCCAUUACUUGAAAUCAGUAAUGCAAAUGGAAAGGUUUCAUUGGAUAUUGAUAUAAGAAGACAGAAGAAAGACUCCACGUUAUCAAACAUGGGUCCUGUGAAGGAUAAUGAAAGACACGAUCUUAAUUGUGCUGUGAAAGAAUACUUGCUAUUAGCAGGAUAUCGUCUGACUGCAAUGACAUUUUACGAAGAGGUGACAGAUCAGAAUCUGGAUUCUUGGCCGAACUCACCUGCAUGUGUGCCAGAUGCUUUGCGUCACUAUUAUUACCAGUACCUUUCGUCCACUGAAGAGGCUGCUGAGGAGAAAAUGGCCAUGCUGAAAGAAAAGGAGUCAUUAUUAAAGGAUAAUAAGAAACUGAGCCAUGAAAAUGAAUGUUUGUUGAGGAACAAAGACGUAGCUGAUAGUCAAAUAACAGCUCUAUCAAAAUCUAUAGAUGUCUUGCAGAAAGAUGUGAAGGAAAAAGAGAUUUUGGUAAGAAAGAUGAAGAAGUUGGUUGAGAACCAAAGAAAGGAACUUAAUGACUGCAGAUCUGAGAUAACAUCGCUUAAAAUGCACAUCGAAGGUUCUCAUUCUGGAAAAAUUCAGUCAGCAAGUUAUACUGAUCAUGCUCAGCCACAUUCUUCGGGGAGUAUCAUGAAGGAUAAUGAUUUGAUUGCAAUCGAUAAAGUAGAGGCAAACACUUCGAUUACUAGUAGCAAUGUUGAUUUAACUAUCCCUGAGGUGGUUGUGCAAAAAGAGGUAAUUUCUGUUGAAAUUCCUCAAGGUGAAACAGCAUCUGAUGUUCCCGCCUGUACAGCAUCUGAUUUUGAGGCUCAGGAGGGUGAAGAUGUGCAGUCUCUUGCAACUCAUAUGUUCAAUAAUGACAAAGACAAUGGUGCCCUAAAAAACCUACAUGCGUCAACAUUAGGCAAUCCCCUUGUAAAUGGUACUAGUAGUGACCAGAUAACUGUUGACAGGCUCGGGAAUAAACCUUCAGAUCUGGAUAGUACCCCUUCAUACCGAGAGAACACAAUUAUGACACCUUCAGAAAAAAUGGGUUUGGAAACAGUGCAGAUUCUUUCUGAUGCGCUCCCUAAAAUUGUUCCUUGCGUUCUUAUAAAAAAUCGAGAGGAGCUUCUACCGUUGAUAAUGUGUGCAAUUGAGCGCCAUCCAGAUAGCAGCACAAGGGACUCUUUGACCCAUUUACUCUUCAAUUUAAUCAAGCGUCCGGACGAACAGCAAAGAAGAAUAAUAAUGAAUGCUUGUGUUGAUCUAGCAAAGAAUGUUGGAGAGAUGAGAACAGAGACAGAAUUGCUUCCCCAAUGUUGGGAGCAAAUUAAUCACAUGCAUGAGGAACGUCGGCUGCUUGUUGCUCAAUCAUGUGGAGAACUUGCUGGAUUUGUUCGCCCUGAGAUCCGCGAUUCACUGAUUCUAUCAAUUGUGCAACAACUGGUGGAGGAUUCUGCAACAGUUGUUCGUGAAGCUGCCGCUCAUAAUCUAGCAUUGUUGCUUCCACUCUUUCCCAAUACAGAGAAAUAUUUCAAGGUUGAGGAGUUGAUGUUCCAAUUAGUCUGUGAUCCCGCUGGAGUUGUUGUGGAUACUACACUCAAAGAAUUGAUUCCUGCUUUGGUCAAAUGGGGAAACAAGUUGGACCACAUAUUGAGUCUGUCGCUCUCACAUAUCAUGAAUUUUGCCCAGCGUUGCGCACCACUGUCAGGGGUUGAAGGUUCUCUCGAAUCGAACUUACGGGCUUUGGGUGAACGUGAAAGAUGGAGCAUAGAUGUCCUGCUAAGAAUGUUGUCAGAAUUGCUACCAUCUGUGCACCAGAAAGCAAUUGAGACAUGCCCGUUUUCUGCUGCUUCAGAAUCAGGUGGCACGUUAUUUUCUGAAUCCCUACUGCAAUUAUAUGCCAGGGGUCAAGUUGAAUGGUCUGCAUUUGAAUGGAUGCACAUGGACUGCCUUCCAGAUUUGAUUCAGCUAGCCUGCUUUUUGCCCCAGAAGGAAGAUAGCCUACGAAAUCGGAUCACAAAGUUUCUGUUAUCUGUAUCCGAACAAUACGGAGAUUGUUAUCUGACUCACAUAAUGCUGCCAAUAUUCUUGAUAUCAGUUGGUGACAAUGCUGAUCUUACAUAUUUUCCAGCUAACAUUCAAUCAAAAGUUGAAGCUUUAAGACCUGAUAGCGCAGUGAUGGAGAGACUUGCGACCAUGUGUGUUAUGCCACUGUUAUUAGCCGGUGUUUUAGGAGCCUCUUGCAAGCGUGAGCAUUUGGAAGAAUAUCUUAAAACUAUCUUAGUCCAAGAUACCUCAGAUGAACCUCAGAGAUGCAGUGGUGAAAUAGUUAAUGCAGUUCGAUUUCUCUGCACGUUUUCGGAGCACCAUAACAUGAUAUUUAAUAUAUUGUGGGAGAUGGUUGUUAGUUCCAACAUAGAUAUGAAAAUUAGUGCUGCAAAUCUCCUAAGAGUCUUGGUUCCAUAUAUUGAUUCAAAACUGGUCUCUACACAUCUGUUACCAGCCCUUAUCACAUUGGGCUCUGACCAAAAUCUAAGUGUUAAGUAUGCCAGUAUUGAUGCAUUUGGAUCUGUAGCUCAACAUUUUAAGAAUGAUAUGAUUGUUGACAAAAUAUGCAUUCAAAUGGAUACGUUCUUGGAGGAUGGGUCUCAAGAAGCAACUAUUGCGGUGGUCCGUGCAUUACUUGUUGCUGUACCACACACUACAGAUAAACUUAGAGAUUAUCUUCUUUCCAAGAUUUGCCACUUCACAGCAUCAACUACUCCUACAAGUGAUGUCAUGCGUCUUCGUGGAAGAGCUAAUGCAUUUUGUGAGGCAAUUCGGGCUCUAGAUGCUACAGAUCUCUCAGCCGCCAGUGUCCGUGACUACCUUUUACCUGCUAUUCAUAACCUACUCAAAGAUCAUGAUUCACUUGAUCCAGCACACAAGGAGGCCUUGGAGAUCAUAUUGAAGGAAAGAUCUGGCGGGACCUUGGAAGCUAUUAGUAAGGUAAUGGGUGCUCAUCUUGGAAUUGCUUCAUCAGUCACUAGUCUAUUUGGUGACGGUGGUUUGCUCGGCAAGAAGGAAGCUCUAGAUUCUGUCACAGAACUAAGCGAGCCACCUCAACCUACUCCACCCACAGCAGCAGAAGACACGAGAUUUAAACGGAUCAUGCGUGGUAAUUUUGCUGAGAUGAUUCGAGGUAAAACAAAGAAUCAGAAUGACAAUGUGACUCACCAAUAAAAUUUUGUAUAAAUCGGACAGCCCCACCCCAUAUGUCUGGGUUAAAGUUUUGGCAUCGAGCGGCCCCAUUUUUAUUUUCAGGUCAUGAACAAUUUGAACAUUAAGCGUCUCUCUGACACAGGUUAUUCUUUGUGGUGUUCGUCUCACUCAUGUGUAUAAUUCCAUUGUGAGAGACUGAUAGUUAUUCUUAUUGUCAAAAGUAGCUCAGUAGGCUAAAGGAGAUUACCUGAACCACCUCAAGAUGGGUCAAACUGGGCUGAGGCGCUGAGGUUUAGCUCCACUUGGCUCAUUUAUUAAAGAGGCAUGGCCCAUUUAUGAAUGUAAGUCCGAAAUCCGAAUGAACAAUAAUUUCUUAUUAUUCUCUAAUACAUUUCAUUUUGACCAA